UCCAGAAGAAGAAGAAAACUGUGGAAGUCCUUCACGUACAGUUUCUGGAGAGCGCACUAGAGGACGUAAAAAUGUCAGGCGCUUCGGUCAAGGUGGCCGUCCGGGUCAGGCCCUUUAAUUCCCGGGAGAUCAGCAAAGAGUCCAAGUGCAUCAUCCAGAUGCAAGGCAACUCGACCAGCAUACUCAACCCAAAGAAUCCCAAGGAACCAGCAAAAUCAUUCAGCUUUGACUAUUCCUAUUGGUCGCAUACCUCGCCUGAUGAUCCGUGCUUUGCAUCUCAGAAUCGUGUGUACAAUGAUAUUGGGAAGGAGAUGCUGUUACAUGCCUUUGAGGGCUAUAAUGUAUGUAUCUUUGCAUAUGGCCAAACCGGAGCUGGGAAAUCCUAUACUAUGAUGGGAAAGCAGGAGGAAAACCAGGCAGGGAUAAUACCACAGCUCUGUGAAGAGUUGUUUGAGAAGAUCAACGACAACAGCAACGAGGAAAUGUCUUACUCGGUGGAGGUCAGUUACAUGGAGAUCUACUGUGAGAGAGUAAGAGACUUGCUGAACCCCAAGAACAAGGGAAACCUUCGCGUUCGGGAACAUCCUCUGCUCGGGCCCUACGUGGAAGACCUGUCCAAACUUGCCGUCACUUCUUACACUGAUAUCGCAGACCUCAUGGAUGCAGGAAACAAAGCUAGGACGGUCGCUGCUACCAACAUGAACGAAACCAGCAGUCGUUCUCAUGCAGUGUUUACCAUUGUCUUCACUCAGAAGAAACAUGACCCCGAGACUGACCUUUCCACCGAGAAGGUUAGCAAGAUCAGCCUUGUGGAUCUUGCAGGGAGCGAGAGGGCAGACUCCACUGGUGCCAAAGGGACCCGAUUAAAGGAAGGAGCAAACAUCAACAAAUCUCUCACCACGUUGGGAAAAGUCAUUUCAGCCUUGGCAGAAGUGGAUAACUGCACCAGCAAGAGCAAGAAGAAAAAGAAGACUGACUUUAUUCCGUACAGGGAUUCUGUGCUGACGUGGCUGCUUCGGGAAAACCUAGGUGGCAACUCCCGAACUGCCAUGGUGGCUGCUUUGAGUCCGGCAGAUAUAAACUACGAUGAAACUUUAAGCACUUUAAGAUACGCAGAUCGGGCCAAGCAGAUCAAAUGCAAUGCAGUUAUCAAUGAAGAUCCCAACGCCAAACUGGUGCGGGAGCUGAAAGAAGAGGUGACGCGGCUCAAGGACCUUCUUCGCGCUCAAGGGCUUGGAGAUAUUAUUGACAUCGAUCCAUUUGGAGAUUUCUCUGGGAGUGGAGGCAAAUAUCUGAAAGAUUUUCAGAACAGUAAGCACAGAUACUUGCUAGCGUCCGAGAACCAACGUCCUGGCCAUUUUUCCACAGCGUCCAUGGGCUCCCUCACUGCGUCUCCAUCUUCCUGCUCUCUCAGUAGUCAGGUGGGCUUAACGUCUGUCUCCAGCAUCCAAGAGAGGAUCAUGUCCACUCCUGGAGGAGAGGAAGCCAUCGAACGAUUGAAGGAAUCUGAGAAAAUCAUCGCAGAGCUGAACGAGACAUGGGAGGAGAAACUGCGGAAGACAGAGGCUAUCAGGAUGGAGAGAGAGGCUUUGCUGGCUGAGAUGGGAGUUGCCAUUCGAGAAGAUGGAGGAACCCUUGGAGUUUUCUCACCUAAAAAGAUCUUCCCUCAGAGGCCGUCAACUCUGUUUGAUGACUCUUUCGAUGCCUUUGCUGUUGACCAGAUUUUCACUCCAAGGCCAUGUGACUUGUUUGCUGAUUCCAGUGGGGUGUUUUCACCCAAGAAGACACCGCACCUCGUCAACCUCAACGAAGACCCCCUCAUGUCAGAGUGUCUGCUUUACUACAUAAAAGAUGGAAUUACCAGAGUUGGCCAGGCCGAUGCUGAACGGCGUCAAGACAUCGUUCUGAGCGGGGCACACAUCAAGGAGGAACACUGCAUCUUCCGAAGCGAGAAGAACCACAAUGGCAAUGUGAUUGUUACUCUGGAGCCUUGCGAGCGCUCUGAAACUUACGUCAACGGCAAGAGGGUCAUCCAGCCCGUCCAGUUGCGCUCAGGAAAUCGCAUCAUCAUGGGUAAGAACCACGUUUUCCGUUUCAACCAUCCCGAGCAAGCCCGAGCUGAAAGGGAGAAGACUCCAUCAGCGGAGACACCCUCGGAGCCGGUUGACUGGACGUUUGCGCAGCGAGAACUGCUGGAGAAGCAAGGAAUUGAUAUGAAGCAGGAAAUGGAGAAAAGACUGCAAGAAAUGGAGAUUCUGUACAAAAAGGAAAAAGAAGAAGCUGAUCUCUUACUGGAGCAACAGAGGCUGGACUAUGAGAGUAAACUCCAGGCCUUACAGAAGCAGGUGGAGACACGGUCUUUGGCUGCUGAGACCACAGAGGAAGAGGAGGAAGAGGAGGAGGAGGUGCCGUGGACUCAGCACGAAUAUGAACUUGCCCAGUGGGCUUUCCGGAAAUGGAAGUAUCACCAGUUUACUUCCUUAAGAGAUCAGCUUUGGGGCAAUGCAGUCUAUCUGAAAGAAGGCAACGCAAUCAGCGUGGAACUGAAAAAGAAGGUGCAAUUCCAGUUUGUUCUGCUGACCGACACCCUUUACUCUCCGCUGCCACCUGAGCUGCUGCCUCCCGAGGCGGAAAAGAGCCGAGAUGACCGACUUUUCCCUCGGACGGUGGUUGCUGUGGAGGUCCAGGACCUCAAGAAUGGAGCGACACAUUACUGGUCCCUUGAGAAGCUCAAGCAACGGCUGGAACUGAUGCGGGAGAUGUAUGACCGGGCAGGGGAAAUGACAUCCAACGUGCAGGAAGACACCGAGAGCACCAUGACUGGGAGUGACCCUUUUUACGAUCGGUUCCACUGGUUCAAGCUGGUUGGGAGCUCCCCUAUUUUCCACGGCUGCGUGAACGAGCGCCUGGCUGACCGCACGCCCUCCCCCACUUUCUCCACGGCUGACUCCGACAUCACCGAGCUGGCCGAUGAGCAGCAGGACGAUAUGGAGGAUUUUGACGACGAGGCCUUUGUGGACGAUACCGGCUCCGAUGCUGGCACCGAGGAGGGAUCGGAUCUCUUCAACGAUGGGCACGACCCGUUUUACGACCGGUCCCCUUGGUUCAUUUUAGUGGGAAGGGCAUUUGUCUACUUGAGCAAUCUUCUCUACCCCGUCCCGCUCAUCCACAGAGUGGCAGUAGUCAGUGAGAAGGGGGAAGUGCGGGGGUUUCUGCGAGUGGCCGUCCAAGCUAUUGCUGCGGAUGAAGAAGCCCCGGAUUAUGGAUCUGGCGUUCGGCAGUCUGGCACAGCUAAAAUCUCAUUUGAUAACGAAUAUUUUAACAAGAACAAUUUUUCAUCCGCUGCCAUGACCCGUUCUGGCUUGUCCUUGGAGGAGCUGAGAAUUGUGGAAGGGCAGGGUCAGAGUUCAGAGAUCCUCACUCCUCCUGAAGAAAUCAACAGAAUGAAUGAUCUGGACCUGAAGUCCGGCUCUUUGCUAGAUGGGAAGAUGGCCUUGGAAGGCUUUACGGAAGAGGUUGGCGAGCACCUGAAGCUGGGCAGCGUGUUCACUUUCCGCGUGACAGUACUCCAAGCCAGUGGAAUCCUCCCAGAAUAUGCAGAUAUAUUCUGCCAGUUCAACUUUCUGCAUCGACACGACGAAGCUUUCUCCACGGAACCCCUCAAAAACAAUGGCCGAGGGACGGCUCUUGGUUUCUACCAUGUCCAGAAUAUUUCUGUGGAAGUGACAGAAUCCUUUGUGGAAUACAUCAAGAUGAAGCCUAUCGUAUUUGAAGUCUUUGGACACUAUCAGCAGCAUCCGCUCCAUCUGCAGGGACAGGAUCUCAACAGCCCCCAUCAGCCGUCCCGGAGGUACUUUCCGCCUCCCAUGCCGCUUUCAAAGCCAGUCCCAGCUACCAAGCUCAACACGCUGAGCAAACCCAACUUGGGUCAGAGCGUGACCAAAUACGACCUCCUGGUCUGGUUUGAGAUCAGCGAACUGGAGCCCACUGGAGAGUACAUUCCUGCUAUCGUGGACCACACAGGGGGACAGCCCUGCCAGGGGACCUUCCUGCUUCACCAGGGAAUACAGCGUAGGAUCACGGUCACUAUUAUCCACGAGAAAGGCAACGAGCUGCAUUGGAAAGACGUACGGGAACUAGUGGUUGGGCGCAUCAGAAACAAAGCAGAAGUCGAUGAAGCUGCUGUGGAUGCCAUCCUGUCGCUAAAUAUCAUCUCUGCAAAAUAUCUGAGGUCUUCUCACAACUCCUCCAACAGGACCUUCUACCGCUUUGAGGCGGUUUGGGACAGCUCCCUGCAUAAUUCCCUCCUCUUGAACCGGGUGACGCCCUACGGAGAAAAAAUCUACAUGACCCUGUCUGCUUACCUAGAGCUCGACCACUGCAUCCAGCCGGCCGUCAUCACCAAGGAUGUCUGCAUGGUCUUCUACUCGCGGGACGCCAAGAUCUCUCCCCCUCGCUCCUUGCGCAGCCUCUUUGGCAGUGGCUAUUCCAAAUCCCCGGAUUCCAAUCGAGUAACUGGAAUCUAUGAGCUAAGCUUGUGCAAAACGGCAGACACGGGCAGCCCAGGGAUGCAGAGGAGGAGGAGGAAAGUCCUGGACACUUCCGUGGCCUACGUCCGCGGAGAAGAGAACCUGGCAGGGUGGAGGCCCCGGGGGGACAGCCUCAUCGCAGAGCACCAGUGGGAACUGGAGAAGCUGGAACUGCUGCACGAGGUUGAGAAGACCCGCCACUUCCUGCUGCUGCGCGAGAAGCUGGGCGACUCCGUCCCCAAGUCCCUGAGCGACUCGCUGUCCCCCAGCAUCAGCAGCGGGACCCUCAGCACCUCCACCAGCAUCUCCUCCCAGAUCUCCUCCACCACCUUCGAGAGCGCCGUCACACCCAGCGAAAGCAGCGGCUACGACUCGGCGGACAUCGAGAGCCUGGUGGACCGGGAGAAGGAGCUGGCGACCAAGUGCCUGCAGCUUCUCACUCACACUUUCAACCGUGAAUUUAACCAGGUCUACAACAGCAUCAGUGAUUGUAAGCUGUCUGAUAUCUCUCCACUUGGACGGGACCCAUCAGUAUCGAGUUUCAGCAGUGCCACCCUGACGCCUUCCUCCACCUGCCCCUCACUGGCAGACUCGCGGUGCAACUCUGUGGAUCAGAAGACCCCUGAAGCUAAUUCUCGCGCCUCCAGUCCUGGCGCAGAGGGCGAGUCGUUCCAACUGAUGCCCCCCGUCGAAGCCUCGUACUUGGCCAGGGCCGGCAAAAAUGAGUUCCUGAACCUUGUUCCUGAUAUCGAGGAAAUCAGACCAGGCUCUGUGGUCUCCAAGAAGGGCUACCUCCACUUCAAGGAGCCACUUUCUCCAUCGUGGGCCAAGCACUUUGUGGUGGUCCGUCGCCCGUACGUCUUCAUUUACAACAGCGACAAAGACCCAGUGGAAAGGGGCAUCAUCAACCUCUCCACGGCUCAGGUGGAAUACUCAGAGGAUCAGCAGGCCAUGGUGAAGACCCCCAAUACGUUUGCCGUGUGCACGAGGCACCGUGGGGUCCUGCUUCAGGCCAUCAACGACAAAGACAUGAAUGACUGGCUCUACGCCUUCAACCCCCUCCUCGCCGGCACGAUACGAUCUAAACUCGCCCGGAGACGCUCGGUCCAGCUGAAAUACUGAGUCCGCACGGGGUCCUCGUCCUCUUUUCUUUCUCCUCUCUCACAUGCCUUUGGAUAUAGAUAAAGCGUUACAUCUCA